CCGAUGUUGGCCACCGUAGGGACCCGGGAAGGCAGAUUCAUACACAUGACUGUUGUGGAUAAAGGGAAAGCUACAUCUUCCCACCAGCUAUAUUUCUCCACUAUUGAGGUCUGUUGCCAUUGGAGACCACCACCGCUAACCACAAGCUAUUUUCCACCUGACGGAACAAUCAUCUUCCAUCUGACGUCACAUCCCGGUCAGCUGACCUGCAAUCAGCUGACCGCAGUCACCGGAAACUCUCCAGCUUACAGCCGCGAGUUACAUCUGAGACACCGACAGGCGCACGGCUGUUUGAAGACCAACCACUGCUGGAUAGAACUCCGUACAGGACCCGCAGCCCUGGCGUGGAGCGUGGAAAGCACCCGUCUGCAUCUCACAAAACAGAAUGAAGUAUCCUCUUUCAGUUGGUAAAUAGUUCUGUACCCAAACAGUAAGAAAGUACAGACCUCCCACAACUCAUUACGGGAAGACGUGAUAUCUGCAAACAAAACACGAUCAAUUCAUUGUAGUCAGCUCUCAAGUACCAGGGAAGGUGCGGUGUAGAGCUCGUCCACGGAUACAGGCACAUCACUCUCCGCUGCUGCAGGACAUUACACCCCACAGCAAGAGAUGGAGCAACCCAUAAAACACCGACCCAAAUCUGCUCCAGUUAUAACCAAUGCAUAUGUCCAGAACAAAAGAGAAGAUGAGUCCCUCUGUGAGAGACUGGACAACCUGCGCUACCAGCAGUGCGCUAGUCUGAUCAAACUAAAGCAAACUAAAGGCGACGUUCUCAGACAAAGAAGGAGUCUGCUUACCCAACGGGCCAUCACACCCCAGUCCUCAUUGGACCAUGUCAUGGAUGAAAUCCACACAUACAAAAAAGAUAAGAACCGUCCUGGCCUCGCUAGGAGCCAACUUCCUGAUAGCACAGAGCUACAUGUUCAUGGGAUCAGUUCAAAAUGGCCGCCUCCUUCAUCUUGCUUGCCCAGGAUUGCUGACAUCUCAUACCUUCAAAGGGAAGGAAAAAAAAAAGAAGAAGCAAGUGACAGAAGAUUUACUGUCAUAGAUGACACGAAAGUAAAACCUAUAGAACACAUGAUAAAACACGAAAGAGAAAUGACAGUGAUGCCAGCGGGGCAGGGGAAGUACCAACGGGACAAGGAGGUGCUGACGUACAAACAGCUUACUCAGAUUGCUUGUCUAGAGAACAUUUCCACAAGGGAGGCCGAGAGGAGGCGACAACAGAAAAAGAUGGAAAAACAGCAACUGAGCCGAUCGAUGGACAGUAACCUACAGGAGAGAGUGCAUAGAUUCCUCCAGAAACUGGAAUAAAUAGGUGCUUACAAUCCAGAACCAAUGAUCAUAUAUAUAUAUAUAUAUAUAUAUAUAUAUAUAUAUACUCCAGAGGCAUAGCUUGUAGCUUCUGGGCCCCAAUGCUAAAUCUGAAACAGGGCCCCAAAUGCCAAUAAUAAUACUGGUCUCUUAUGGGGCAGAUGUGCUUUGGGGCCCCCUUAGAUUCCAGGGCCCAGGUGCGACUGCUACCUCUGCUACCUCUAUAGCUACGCCCCUGAUAUCCUCUAUAUACCUGCAACAUUUUAUAAAAAGAAGAACGGGCAGCCAAAAACCAAAGGACAUACAAAAAAGAAAGGGGGCUCUAGUAAAAGAAGGAGAGGCCCUGCUGAAAUCCCAUGUCUAUACCGCUAGGGAAUAGUGGGACUUUCAAUGAGCAAUUGGAUUUUGCUGGACAUUUUUGUCGAUGGAAUCCAUGCGUAGAAGCCCAUUAUCAACGGGACUAUGAAUUUCGGGACUUAUUCUAGUGGCAUAUUCUGUUUGAAAUAAGAGCCGAUUUCGGGCGAUGUGGAGCUACUAAGGAAAUUCAGCGUGGAAAUACCUUGCAGAAUUUUCUCAGUGUGAACAUACCCUUAUUUGUUUACUAACACCUCCUAGAAGGAGCUCCCUUUGCUGAUUCAGACUGGGGC